UUCGAAGUUUGCAAUUUGACUCAUUUGAAUGAUUUCCACGGUUUAUCUGAAAUCCUGUGGCAUGGCGGUGUUUCAACUUCCACUAAGGCCUCACGCGGAACGCACGCUGAGCUUCUCGAAAAGGCCCAAAUAGAGUAUUCUUCCCUUCUUUGUUCUUCACACAAACUCGAAGAACAGUGUGUAUAGUUUAAUGAACGAUUGCAGUUCCACAAUGAAACCAAUCAACAGUCGUUCCAUCAGUGUGCAAAUUCAAACCCUCCAUCAACGUCUCCUUCAUGCCUUGAACCUCGGAACCAGAUAUUUUGAUGAGAAGACAAAUACUUGGAAGUGGCAAUGCGCUAACAUUGAAGUGCAGAAGAAUGUUCUUCGGUCAAUUAAUGCAUUUCUUGAUUCUAUCUCAGGAGAUGCACGUGCCACGCGUCAUACUAUUGUAAAGGAAUCUGUAUCUGAUGUUUUGGGAGCUUUAUUAUGUAUUCUUGAAGGCAAAAGUGGUCCCUUAUUAAGCAUGGCAUCAAAUGUUGCAGUGAAGUUAGUUAGUAUUUUGCCGAAUUCACUAUUGCAAUCUCGUAUAGUGGAACUUGUCUGUUGCCUAUCAUCCUUAAUCUCUUCGCACCAAGUAGAGGUUGCAAUAGAUUGUGCUAAUGCCUUGAAUUUGGUGGUCUCUAAUUUGAGUGCUACAAGUGAGAGGACAGUUAUGGAAGCCCUCAAAGACACAGCGAUUGCCAGUCAUAUUGUUGGAAAUAUAAAAGACUUUGCUGGUGGUGCAAAAAAAAUUGAGUAUUUUGAACAGAUGGGUUCACUAUUGAGCACAAUCCUGUGGCGGUGGCCUCAAUCUAGGUUCCCUGUUUCGAGUGAUGUUAAACUUAUGAAAGCUUUAGCAGACAUGCACAUGGUGACAGAUAGUUCUGUUAAACUUGUACUUUUAAAGAUGUACACAUCUUUAGCUUUAUGCGAUUUUGUAGCCAAAAAACUUAUAGAAGAUGGAGUAUUUGUAGAGAUGGUUGUGCAGGCCAUGGAAAAAUCAAACCCUCAGGUUGUUCGAAUAGAGGGGUUUAAGCUCGCUCGAUGUCUAUUGAGAUGCCAAGAGAAUUUCAUACGUAUGAGGAAUUUGUGUGGUGAUGCACUUGUCAAUGCCAUAAUUUGUGGGAUGAGAGAAACAGGAUUGAGUUCCAAAAAGGGAGGGAUCAACCAUGGUUCCUUAUUAUUGGAAGCAUGUCAAUUGGGUCUAAUUACCCGUUGGGAUGGUGAUCAUCAUAUCAGGUUUUGGGAACAUGGUAUUGAUAGAGUCCUCCUUAAUCUUGUACUAGAAAAUAUUCAAGAUAAGUCAUCUGAGCAUGUCUUGUCUUUGGAAGAACAGAUAUCCACAGCAAACAAGAGUUUAAAAUCUAAUUAUCAUCUUGGUCUGAGGAGUUAUCUGUGGGACAUUCUUGGGUGCCUUAUGAUACAUUGUGGAGAAAAUUUCAACCCUUAUACCUAUGGAAGUGAGCUCCACAUCAACACACUAAUUACGUGUGCAUGUCUGACUUUUGUUGACACAAUUCAAAAAUGGUGCCGAAUAUGUCAAAAUGAUGUUGAUGAUAAUUUCCAAAGUGAACCAGUAUCAAGGGCUGUAUUAAUGAUGAUUUAUUCUCCAUGUAAUCACAUUUCUUCACAUGCAAGGCUUGUAUUAUCUGAUAGAAUGAAAGUAAUAGGUAUUCCGAGCUUGAAAAGCUUAAUACAUACUCUAGAUUACACAUCGUCCCUGGCAAGCUAUGGGUCAUCCGAUAAACUUCAACUUGUUAUUAACUUGAUUGGGUUAAAUUCUCUCUCAAGUUUACCUGAAUAUCAAAAAUGUAUCAUUGAAAGCAAAGCAAUGAAAGCAGUUGUUCUUAUUGUCAAACGAUGUUUAAGUAAUGACAUUCAUAUGGAAAGGCCUAGCAUGGCUCCUCAUUUGCUUACAUCAUUUCAUGAAAGGUCAUGUUGCUGCAUUGAUAAAGAAGAUUGGGAAGGUUCCAAUGUGCUCCUUUUUUAUGGUUUGUGGGCCUUGUCUUCAUUUGUUCAUCAGUGUAGCCUUUUACAAGAUCAUACUCAGAAAUUCACCACAGCAGUGACAUACAUUAAAGCUCAAUUACUCAACAAGCUUCAUGAGACUUGUAGUAGCACCUGUUUAAGUCCUGGAGUGAGAUGGUAUGCUUCAUAUAUUCUAAGCUAUUUUGGAUGUUAUGGUUUCCCUAAUGAAUUAGCAAAAUGGAUUGGGAAAUCCCUUAAUCAGGAAGAAUAUGCGGAUUUGCGACUCAUUGUGGCAAAUGGGGCUUCUGUCAAUGUUAAUGGUGUUAUUCUUGCUGUCAGAUGUCCAUCGCUUCUGCCUUGUGAAAUCUUGACUAGUAGCAAGAAUUGUGAAGAGGGAACAGAUAAAUAUGGAGAGACUAUGAGAGAGGUUCGUUUAUCUGCUCAUGUUGAUUAUGAAGCAUUGGUGCUGUUGUUGGAAUAUGUUUACUUGGGAUGCUUGCAGGCAGAGGAAGACAUGGUAAAAAAGUUGAAAAUUCUUGCUAAACGCUGCAAUCUGCAGCCCUUUCUGCAACUACUCUAUAGACAAUGUCCUGAGUGGGGCACACCUUUCCCCUGCUUGAAUCUUACUUCAGCUCUCAAUUCUGUUGGAAGUUGUUUUUCGGAUGUCAUAUUGGAAGCUGAAACAAAUGAACUUGUUGGGUGGACAUGCAAUUUUUGUUCUAACUCGGUGCCACAUUCGCAUGUUCACAAAGUUAUAUUGCAGUCUGGCUGUGAAUAUUUACAAGGUUUAUUCCGAUCAGGAAUGCAAGAGAGUCAUUCACAAGUCAUCAAGGUUGCUAUUAGCUGGGAAGCAUUGAUCAAACUAGUACAGUGGUUUUAUUCCAAUAAUCUGCCAAAUCCUCCCGCUGGAUGUUUGUGGGAUAAUAUGGAUGAUGAACAAAAGCUAUUCAAUCUGCAACCAUAUGUGGAACUUAAUUGGCUUGCUGAGUUUUGGAUGUUGGAAAGUAUUCAGGAAGCUAGUUGGAAUGUGAUUGUGUCUUGCCUUGAUUCUGCCAGGCACUUGUCUGCUAGGAUAAUCAAAAUGGCAUACAAUCUCUCUUUGUGGAAGUUGGUUGACAUUGCAGCGAAUUUCAUGGCUCCUUCAUAUCGUCAAUUACGAGAUUCUAGUGAUCUUGAAGAAUUUGAUGAAGCUUUAGUUCACUUAAUUUAUUCUGCUUCUAUUCGGUUCGCACAAGAAGGUGGAAAUUGCUCUAGGUGAUUUGUAGAUAUGGGAGAUUCAAGAGAUGUGUUGGGAGACACUAUAUCAGCUGAAAAUUGUAUUUCCUGUUUAGGUCUGCUGACUAACUUUUUUAGACGGUUAUUUUAAGUGUAUUAGUUGAGUGAGAAGAUAAAGAGCAAUAAAAAAAAGAGCAGCCCGGUGCACAAGCAUCUUGCGUUAGCACAGGAUCCAGGGAAGGACUAUGCAAGAUGCGUUAUCAUGUGGGAUGGGAUUUUAUUCAUGCAUCUAUCUCAAUCUGUUUUGGCAACUAGAGGAGUAAUGGACCUUAGUUGAAUCUUGUCUUUCAAUCAAUUCUUUGUGGUGUUACAGGUCAAGGCUCGGAGUCAAAAUCAUUCAAAUAGAUGAUCACUUAUACCUUCCUCAACUUUAUUGGUAUCUGGUAAUUAAUUCAAACUUGGAAGCCUGCCAGUGUAUCAAGAUUGGAACAAAAGUUGAUUUUGUUGCAUGCUAUUUUAUUGCCAAACAUAUUUUAGACCAUGCUGAAGACUGAAGUAGUGUACCAUCAGAAAGUUUCGUGAAUGAUGAGGUUCUUGUAGUGUAGAGGAAGAAUGUGGUUUAUUAAGUGUUUCUUGGAGAUAUACUCCUUCAAUGUAUAUAAAUCUAAAUAACAGAAAUAGUGGUUCACACAAACUACAUAUAAUUACAGUGUAAUUAAUAUCUUGUCAAAUGUUGAGACACUUCCUUCAUGAUGUAACUCAUUAACACUUCACAAGUGUGCUUAGUCCUACAACUUUGACCUUUGACCUUGAUAGAAAACAAUAAUGUACUAUGAAUG